AUUCAGGAUUCAGCCAUUCCUAUUCUUUACCCUCUUCCCUCUUCGGCUCUUCCCUUCCCAAGUUCGCAGUUUGCAAGUCGAAACUCGUAACUUCGCCGGCAGCUGGCACUCCCUGAAUCCCAGUCCGAGUUCCCUUCAGCUUCAUCUUCCCUUCCCAGUUCCCUUCCCACUUCGCAGUUCGCAUACAGUCGGCGACGGCGAGUUCGAACCUCCUGUUCCAGAUCGGCAGAUCCUGUCUUCCCCUUCGGACUUCGGCUUCCACCUUCCCAACUUCGCUGCUCGCACUCUCGCAGACUUGCAGUACUCCUUCGGAUCUUCCGUCCUUCAGCCCUUUGAUCAUUCGAUAUCCUCUGGACCGGCGACGACCCUGAAGGACUGGAGCUUCUGCUGCCCGGUCGACUGCUUCCCUCACCGUUGCUUCACUCAGAGCUCCGGACUAGAACAUAGAUUUUUCUGUGCGACGGAGUAGUCGGAGCCCUCGGCUUCGCGAAUUAGAAGAGAAAAGCGUCAAUGGAGAACGAUGGCUACAAUCAAAUUCCCGAGAACGCCAACGAACAUUGCCCAGGUCCUCAAUCAGAGUCGGCAGGAGAGUCUGAUGCGUGCCAAGGAUGCCCUAAUCAAGAAGCCUGUGCCACUGCCCCUAAAGGGCCUGACCCAGACUUGGUUGCAAUUGCAGAGAGAAUGGCAACUGUUAAGCAUAAGAUACUGGUUUUAUCUGGUAAAGGUGGGGUUGGCAAGAGCACAUUCUCUGCCCAAAUCUCAUUUGCGCUAGCAGCUAUGGACUACCAAGUUGGUCUCCUCGACAUUGACAUAUGCGGCCCAAGCAUCCCAAAGAUGCUUGGCCUAGAAGGUCAAGAUAUCCACCAGAGCAACCUUGGCUGGUCUCCUGUUUAUGUUGAAUCAAACCUUGGGGUCAUGUCUAUUGGGUUCAUGUUACCCCACCCUGAUGAAGCUGUUAUAUGGCGAGGACCCCGCAAGAAUGGGAUCAUCAAGCAAUUCCUGAAGGAUGUGUACUGGGGAGAGCUUGAUUUUCUAGUGGUUGACGCCCCACCAGGGACCUCUGAUGAGCACAUCUCGAUCGUCCAAUUUCUUCAGGCUACGGGAAUAGAUGGUGCCAUCAUAGUCACCACCCCACAGCAGGUUUCUCUGAUUGAUGUGCGCAAGGAAGUGAGCUUCUGCAGGAAAGUUGGCAUACAGGUUCUUGGGGUUGUUGAGAACAUGAGUGGCUUGUGCCAACCCGUGGCAGAUUUUAAGUUUACAAGGGUAGCAGAUACAGGAGAACAGAAAGAUGUAACAGAGUGGGUUUUGGAAUAUUUGAGAGAGCGAGCACCAGAUGCACUAAACUUGAUUGCUUACAGUGAAGUGUUUGACAGUAGUGCUGGCGGUGCUGCAAAAAUGUGCAGUGAAAUGGAGGUUCCGUUUCUUGGGAAAGUGCCAUUGGAUCCACAGCUUUGCAAGGCAGCUGAGGAAGGUAGAUCUUGCUUUGCUGAUAAGAGGUGUUUCGCAAGUGCUCCAGCGCUCAGAAGUAUUAUAGAAAGACUAGCUGCAAAUCUGACAAUGUUGAGAGCUUCGAUGGACAAUGGUGCUUAGGUGAUUGGCUUUUGAUGGGUUAAUCUUUCCUGAAUUGAAGCCUUGCUUCGUGAGUUUGUCUCCCUUUUAAACUGUGACUUUUCUUUUUAAGUUUUUUAUAGCAUAUAAAUAAUCUAGUGUGUGUAAUUAACGAACUAAAUCAACAUUUGAACAUUUAAACAGGUGGCAGUAUCUUUUUGUUUAA